UUUUAACAGACAGGAUUUGUUUCAUGAUUAUCACUUCACGUACGCAAGAUUUUCGUGCCCUUCUCAGACCUGCCGACAGUUUAAAUUCUAGGUGUUAAGUCUACUUUUCUGUAUGGAGUUAUGGGUGUGAGAUAUCGAAACGUUUAAUUUGUGACCGAAACAAGCGGGAGGUUUGAGUUAUAUCGCUCCAACGUUAGAUUAGGAUUGAUUAGUCAUAUUAAAAGACCGCUUUAGAGUAUUAAGCACGUGUAAAUUUCACUUUCGAAAUGUCUGGGCAGGGGGAUCGUUUUAACAUCUUCCCAUCUCGGAUGGCGCAAACAGCAAUGAAGAGUCGACUAAAAGGUGCUCAAAAAGGCCAUAGACUUUUAAAACGGAAGGCAGAUGCUUUAACUGUUCGUUUUCGUGGCAUACUAAAGCAAAUAAUACAGGCGAAACAAGCAAUGGGCGACGUUAUGAAAGAGGCUAAUUUCUCGCUUGCUAGUGUCAAGUUCACAACAGCAGCCAAUAUUAACAGUUUAGUAUUGCAGAAUGUAACAAAGGCUCAAAGGAAAGUUAGGACAGAUAAAGAUAACGUUGCAGGUGUGCAGUUACCUGUUUUCAAAGUCGUUGUGGAGGGAUCUGACACAUACGAAUUGACGGGUUUGGCUGGUGGUGGUCAACAAAUUGACCGAUUGAAAAAGAAUUACAGCAAGGCUGUUGACUUAUUAGUUGAAUUAGCAUCGCUUCAGACGUCUUUCAUCACUCUUGACGAUAUCAUAAAAGCAACUAAUCGUCGAGUCAACGCCAUUGAAUAUGUUAUCAUACCGAAAAUCGAACGUACACUAAACUAUAUCACACAGGAAUUGGAUGAACGCGAAAGGGAAGAAUUCUAUAGAUUGAAAAAAGUUCAAGAAAAGAAGAAACGAAAUCGUGCUCUUAAAGAAUCAGAAUUGAAAUCUAAAGGAUUUGAACUAGCUUCAGCUGAUCAUGCUCCGAAUAUAUUGACUCAAGAUGAAAAUGAAGGACAAAUUCUUUUCUAAUUUAUACAACAAUCGAUCGAUUCCGAUCAAGUAUUGCAUAAUAUAAUUUGUAUACACUUUACAAAUUAGCUAACUUCACAAUUUUAUGCAACUGCAUAAAUCUUUUUUCUUGAAUUAGUUAUAUAUAUAUUCACUUCUUAUUCUGUUGUUGAAAAUUUUGAUAAUUUAUGAUGAAUAUAUAAUUUGGUUUCUUCCAUGCAAUAUUAAUCUUUAGGCGAAUGGAGAUGUGAUCAAAUAAAUAUUUAAUUAUCGUCUUUA